UUGUUGAGGUAGAAACUUAGAUUUUAGAAUAAUUGGAGAAAAUAUCAUUACUGUAGUUAUGAACAACUCUAAACUUAAGCCUUUACCGGUCAAAAGACAGACGUCAACUUCAAACUUAAAAUUUGGUGAAGCUUCUGUUGAGCUUUUAUCAGAUUUCCUGUGCACCCUUAACAACCAGAACAAGUCCAACUUGGACAAGGUUUCAAGUGUGUGUGGGACUAUUAAAGACAGAAGAGUAGUUGAACAUGCAUUUCUUAUUUGCGAGGAGUUUCGACUUGACCCUUUAGUGGCUUAUCAUGCCAUUGAAAUACUAGCGAGAUUUAUGCAGAAGCACAUUGAGAAGUUAUUUUCUCAGCAGAAGAGUGAGGUGUGUGACGGCAGUGUGUGUGAAGCCAAGGGAAACUAUGAAGAGCUGGUCUUUCAGAGACUGAGAGAAAAACUUUCUCUCUUCAUUGUUUCAAGUGUGCAAAUCGCCAGCAAAGUAACCCUACAUACCAACGUGAUUGACAACAGUUCUGCAUUGAGAUACCUUCGUUUGGUUGGUUCUGACUGUCCCAAGGAGAAAAUAUUAGAAUCAGAACUUCUCAUCUUGAAAACUUUGGACUUCAGAGUGAACGUACCAAAUCCUCUGUCAUUCGCAGAGACUGUCCUAGAAGUUCUUGGCCACAAUGAUCCGACUACACCUGUUGUACACCUGCAUCACCUGUGCAGGUAUGUUCUACAGUAUGUUUAUCUGCAGAGGGAAUCAAUCUAUGGCUCAUUACUGAUGGCUGUAACCGGAUGUCUCAGCCCCUCUCUAGAUCAACGGGCAAAGUUUGUGUCUGUGACAGAAGACUGCAUUCUGUUAGGGGUGGGAGUGAUUGCCGUGGCUGCUUUCAUCUACCAAACAUCUGCAUGGGAGAAAGUAGUGGAAGAGCUUGCGCUGAUCACAGGAAUCUCAGCAAAAAGCAUCAUGGACUUUGUUCACGUGACCCUCAUGCACAUCACCAAGAACAACGUAAAAUGACCAACAAGAAAACAUUUGAUCAGUAGAAU